CUCCUUGAAGGUCUGUGUUAAGAUGAUGGUUUAAACCGUAGAAGUGUGUGAGGUUUGUCAGGGGAGGGUGAGAGGGAUGGCGAGAGGCGGAACAAACCGGUGUGUGUGCCCGGAUACACGCUGAAACGGCUCGCCCGCACUGCAGAUUAACUCUUCAGACGCCGGGGAUGCUCAACACCAAAGCACAAGUCCCAGCAUCCGCGUCCUUUGUUUUUUGGGGGGGGGAUCAGUUGGUCGUUGUGAGGACAUUCCUCCUGAUGUUGAUGAUUUGAGCAUAGGAUUCAGACUCUGCGUGUUCCUCAGUAUAAUCGAGUGAUCUGACAGCCGCUAUGUGUCAUCCUAGCCAGAUGAUCCAGUGAUGGACGGCUCCUCGACUGAGCGUUUUUGCAGAAGUGGAACAGAUAUGAUGAGAAAUUCAUCCCAGCUGUCAAUAUAAGCAACAAAUCAACUACCUCUGACAAGAUCAGCCAUCAAUAACCCAUCAACCCAGGCUGACCACAAAUCUUCCUUUGUGACUUAGAAGAUCCACUUUCAUCCUUCAAGUCAACACCUCUUACAUAUAACUCAUUAUAUUGUUGCAGGGAAAAGCCCUCAGCCAAUCCAGUGGCUGACGGGUUGGGAGAAGGAGGAGGAGCUUCAAAUCCCAUCAGGAGUGUUGUGAGGUUAGUGGCGAGCGGGCUGCUGGUGCCGAAUGCAGAACAUCUUUGAGCAGAACUUGGACAUGGCCACGGCUCUGCUUGCGGGUGAGAAGCUGAAGGAGUUGAUCCUGCCGGGUUCCACGCAGGAUGAGAAGGGCGGCGCGCUGGCGGGUCUUAUGGUGCAACUUAAACUAGAGUUGCCCUUCGACCGGGUCGUCACCAUAGGAACUGUCAUCAUCCCUAUACUGCUGGUCACAUUAGUUUUCACAAGGAACUUUGCAGAGGAAUCUAUAUAUUGCUACACCCCACACAACUUCACUCGUGACCAGGCGCUGUAUGCCAGAGGCUACUGCUGGACAGAGCUGCGGGAUGCAGUGCCUGGCGUCGACCCUCAGCUUCGACCUUCUCUGUUCGAGCACAAGUUUCUGCCCUACGCUCUGCUGGCCUUUGCAGGCAUCAUGUACAUACCUGCCCUGGGAUGGGAGUUCCUGGCCUCCACACGGCUCACUUCUGAGCUCAACUUCCUCCUUCAGGAAAUCGACAACUGCUACCACAGGGCAGCCGAGGGCAGAGCGCCCAAGAUCGAGAAGCAGAUCCAGUCCAAGGGGCCGGGGAUUACAGAACGUGAGCGACGGGAGAUCAUCGAGAAUGCAGAGAAAGAGAAGAGCCCUGAGCAGAACCUGUUUGAGAAGUAUCUCGAGCGCCGAGGGCAGAGUAACUUUCUAGCUAAGCUGUACCUAGCACGACAUUUAGCCAUCAUCUGCCUCAGCUCAAUACCAAUAACGUACCUUAGCACCUACUACGCCCGUCAAAGGCAGAACGAGUUCACUUGCGCACUUGGCGAGCCGCCGGACACUAGCAGCAUCCCUGAACUGCGGCUGAAUGUUAACUGCAAGCUGCCAGCCGUGCAGCUCCAGCGCAUUAUGGCCGCAGUGGACAUCGCUUUGCUGUGUACUAUGAACCUCAUUAUCCUUGUGAACUUGCUGCAUUUGUUUGUGGUGCGCAAGUCCAAUUUCGUCUUCGACAAGCUGCACAAAGUUGGCAUUAAAACACGCCGGCGCUGGCAGAAGUCGCAGUUUUGCGACAUUAAUAUUCUGGCCAUGUUCUGUAAUGAGAACAGAGACCACAUUAAGUCUCUCAACAGACUGGACUUUAUCACCAACGAGAGUGACCUCAUGUAUGAUAAUGUGGUGCGCCAGCUGCUGGCAGCGUUGGCUCAAUCCAACCACGACGCCACUCCGACUGUGAGAGACUCUGGGAUCCAGACUGUUGACCCAAGUAUGGACCCUUCAGUGCUCGGUGUAGGAGAAUUAGGAGGAGAGCCCUCAGUGAUCAAAAGACCCCGCAAGAAGAUGAAGUGGAUUCCCACAUCUAACCCUCUGCCGCAGCCUUUUAAGGAACCCUUGACUCUAACCAGACUGGAAAACAGCAUAAAGGCAGAGAAACCUAAACCAGUCCGAAGAAAGAAUGUAGCAGAUAGCAUUAUUGCUCCACUUCUGGACACCAAGAGCACACAGCAUCCUCCAAUGAACAAAGCUGCAGAAGCAAAUAAUAUAGAGAAGAAACAAACUCUUAACCUCUCGCUGGAUGUUCAUCCUUACAUGCUAACCAUCCAGAAAGCGAAAACAGAAUCGGUCAAUCCUGAGCCACCGCCUGUCGAGCACUCUCUCAGUAAUGUGUAUAUUGAGGGUCCACAUACAGUUGUCCAUGUCUCGUCUUCUCAUACUGAGAAGAAAGAGUCUCCUCCACUGUCCACCACCACUGCCUUCUCCACAGCCACCCUCUCCACCACGUCAUAUAUGAAUGGUGGAACGACCAGCAUGCCUCCUCCAGACUCCCCGAAGGUCAAAGAUCCUCUCAGCCAGGGGCCGGAGCCUGAGAGCCAGCCCGGGCCUUUUAGUCGAAACCCCUCACACCCGCUGCUGAGCAUCCAUCACACCUUGUAUGAGGAAGAGGAGGAGCAAAACAGACGGGACAGGCUAGCCAGACCGGGCGAGCUGAUUGCUGCUGGAGAGUGUUGAAGGAAAAUGCAGAUACACACCUGCACACAGACACACAAAUGCAAAAGCACUUAGAAUAUGAACUGAAGCACAAAGGAAUAUGCCGGGUUUUAGAGUUAUGUUAAUGGUUUUACCAUUAUGAGUGGAGCUCAGAUUAUUUCAUUUUCAGAGAUGAAGAUUAUGGGACAUCGGGACAGCCGAUGUUUUGCAUAUUUUAUACUCUUAAAGGUGCACUCGAUUAUUUUUGUUUAUGUUAAACUGGUGUAUUAUUAAACACUUAAUUUCUUUGUGCAAAAAUAAGUGCACCAUCUCCCAGCCUUACAUCCACAUAUUCGGACAUGUGUAGUUUGAGGGAAAAUAAAAUCACCCAAGACCUUGGUGCUCACCAUAUGGGUUAAUAAGUUCCCUACGACAUUCCAAAUGAAGGCAAGGCACAUUUGAAUUUUUGCACAAAGCACCAUUUGUUCCUGUAUCGUCAAUGUCUACACGGUUUCAUGUUGUUUUUCGCAAUCAGUGUCUCAUGUAGAUGUCUUGAGGUAUCCAACGCAAUACAUGUACUCUUAAAAUAUGCAACCUCAUGUCUUAUUGUCGCAAUAAUAUGCACAUUUGGAAUGUAUAUACAGAGCUGUACAAAACAAAAUCUAAUAUGAACGAUUUUAGGCUUUCUUUUUUUAAAAAAGACUGUCACGUGGCGUGUUCAUCCACACACCUCUGGUGCACUUAUUUAAUAAGACUCACUCUGGGUCUUUGGGUCAGUUGCUCAAAGACAUUCAACUCUGGAUAGUCAGAAGAAAAAUGUGGAUCCUUAUACCAGCUUUUUUGAACAGACAGAGUUGCGACGGAAAGAUUUCAGCUUCUUCUGCUGGACAUUUUCAAAAGAGGAUUCAUGCUUUUGAUACCUAGAUCACCGUGAAUCACCGUUUGUGUAAGUGUCAUUCCACCUUUGUAAAUCCUAGAUCAAACCUUUGAUACUCCCUUAUGCAUUUUGUGGUGACGUAUAACAAAUGCCCUGCCAAAAUACACUUUUAUGAUUGUGGUACGCACAAUUAGAAUCCAAAAGCACCACCAGGCAUGAGAUAUUAGAGAUAGCUGCUGCAGCUCUGUUUUUUCUAGCACAUAUCAUGCAUCCAAGUGCAAUAUUUUGAUAAUGAUUAUGUAAUACAGGGAACACAGAUCAUGAGUGACAAAACCAUUAGAGGGGAAGGAACGACACCUGAUUUUCCAGGCUUAAAUUUUCAUGUGAAUAUAAUUUGAUGGAGUUACGGGUGCUAAUCUCAAACUUGAAAAUCUUAAUGGCAUUCGGUCUUUGAGCCAACACGUUAAAAUGGGGUUAGACAAGGUAUGUAUAAAAAACCCAUUCAUGGCCAUGUUACCUUAUUUAUUUUGUUCUUGCGUUUAGGGGAAACGUCGUUUCAUAGUGCCAUUUCAUUUUUGUUGUCUCAAAUUAUUGACAGAUGUUUGUGUUUAAUAUAUGUAUAUUUAUGGAACUGCAGCAUUUCAACCAAGUAUCCUGCUUAGAGAAAUAAAUUAGUCUAUGCUAAAAAGAGAAAAUGUUAGAUUAUCACAUAGGUUGUAUACUGCAUGUUCAAUUGUUACUCAUGUUACAUAAUUUACGUGAGAAAAAAACAGCUAGUCUGUCUUGCUCAGCCCUUUAUACUUUUUAGCCUCUCUCUAAUGUUUCUUUAAUGAGAUAUUUCUGUUAUAGGUGAACUUCAGAAAGAGGUGUAUAAAGUUCACAAUGCUGUAAGAUGCUGUAAGCAAUUUUUAAUAUCAUGCAUAAAAUGCUUACUACCUCACAGAAACACUGAAAGCAGUAUGAUGAGAAAUCCCACUUGUCUGUAACAGUUCCACAUAAGCUUUGUUGACAGAAUUCAGAGAAGGGGCCCACGCUUUUUAGCUAAUUAGAAACACCUUAUCGCUGUGAAUCUUUUUUUUUUUUUUUUUUGCUGACUAGGUCAUCACCAGGUUGGUGAAUUGUAGUUACUGUAAUAAACAUUUUGUUUUAAAAUUUUGUCUUCAGUAGCUGUAAUAUCUGAAUGACAAAGAUACAUUGCACUUAACAAAUUAAUUUUAAUUGAUCAAUGUAAUCUAACUUAAACAUGAGAUGACAUACUUAAGUUUACAUCAAAAAAGAAAUGUUUCAGAAAGCACAAACGUGAGUCAAAGUAAAGUUACAAAAAAAAGUAUAAAAGUAUUUUUUGUUAAAAAAUUACAUGUAGCCAGAGCUGGGUAGAUUACUUACAAAUUGUAAUCUGUUACCAAAUUACAUGAGAAAAAUUUUAGUUAUUAACGUAAUCCAUUACGUUUUAGGUAAUAUAAUCACAUAACUUUUAGAUUAAUCAUUUAUCACAUUGAUUUAAAAAGGAUAAUUUUGUACCAUAUCGACAUCAAAAUACAAAGAGUAAGAAAAAAUAUUUAAUUUGUUGUUAUUAAUAACAUGAAGUGCAUUAAACAUUAUAUUACAUCAAGGUUUGUGAAGGAACUGCCUGGAGUUU